GAAUCCGGGGCCCUUUAGCGCGGUGAGUUUGAAACUGCUCGCACUUGGCUUCAAAGCUGGCUCUUGGAAGUUGAGUGGAGAGCGACGCGGUUGUUGUAGCUGCCGCUGCGGCCGCCGCGGAAUAAUAAGCCAGGAUCUACCAUACCCAUUGACUAACUAUGGAAGAUUAUACCAAAAUAGAGAAAAUUGGAGAAGGAAUGUUUAGAUCUAUAUAUGGCACAAAUGAGGGGUAUAUCCCUUCGCCUGUUCCUCGACUCCAGCAGAACAUUCUCGAUUCUCCAGGUACCUAUGGAGUUGUGUAUAAGGGUAGACACAAAACUACAGGUCAAGUGGUAGCCAUGAAAAAAAUCAGACUAGAAAGUGAAGAGGAAGGGGUUCCUAGUACUGCAAUUCGGGAAAUUUCUCUAUUAAAGGAACUUCGUCAUCCAAAUAUAGUCAGUCUUCAGGAUGUGCUUAUGCAGGAUUCCAGGUUAUAUCUCAUCUUUGAGUUUCUUUCCAUGGAUCUGAAGAAAUACUUGGAUUCUAUCCCUCCUGGUCAGUACAUGGAUUCUUCACUUGUUAAGAGUUAUUUAUACCAAAUCCUACAGGGGAUUGUGUUUUGUCACUCUAGAAGAGUUCUUCACAGAGACUUAAAACCUCAAAAUCUCUUGAUUGAUGACAAAGGAACAAUUAAACUGGCUGAUUUUGGCCUUGCCAGAGCUUUUGGAAUACCUAUUAGAGUAUAUACACAUGAGGUAGUAACACUCUGGUACAGAUCUCCAGAAGUAUUGCUGGGGUCAGCUCGUUACUCAACUCCAGUUGACAUUUGGAGUAUAGGCACCAUAUUUGCUGAACUAGCAACUAAGAAACCACUUUUCCAUGGGGAUUCAGAAAUUGAUCAACUCUUCAGGAUUUUCAGAGCUUUGGGCACUCCCAAUAAUGAAGUGUGGCCAGAAGUGGAAUCUUUACAGGACUAUAAGAAUACAUUUCCCAAAUGGAAACCAGGAAGCCUAGCAUCCCAUGUCAAAAACUUGGAUGAAAAUGGCUUGGAUUUGCUCUCGAAAAUGUUAAUCUAUGAUCCAGCCAAACGAAUUUCUGGCAAAAUGGCACUGAAUCAUCCAUAUUUUAAUGAUUUGGACAAUCAGAUUAAGAAGAUGUAGCUUUCUGACAAAAAGUUUCCAUAUGUUAUAUCAACAGAUAGUUGUGUUUUUAUUGUUAACUCUUGUCUAUUUUUGUCUUAUAUAUAUUUCUUUGUUAUCAAACUUCAGCUGUACUUCGUCUUCUAAUUUCAAAAAUAUAACUUAAAAAUGUAAAUAUUCUAUUAUGAAUUUAAAUAUAAUUCUGUAAAUGUGUGUAGGUCUCACUGUAACAACUAUUUGUUACUAUAAUAAAACUAUAAUAUUGAUGUCAGGAAUCAGGAAAAAAUUUGAGUUGGCUUAAAUCAUCUCAGUCCUUAUGGCAGUUUUAUUUUCCUGUAGUUGGAACUACUAAAAUUUAGGAAAAUGCUAAGUUCAAGUUUCGUAAUGCUUUGAAGUAUUUUUAUGUUCUGAAUGUUUAAAUGUUCUCAUCAGUUUCUUGCCAUGUUGUUAACUAUACAACCUGGCUAAAGAUGAAUAUUUUUCUACUGGUAUUUUAAUUUUUGACCUAAAUGUUUAAGCAUUCGGAAUGAGAAAACUAUACAGAUUUGAGAAAUGAUGCUAAAUUUAUAGGAGUUUUCAGUAACUUAAAAAGCUAACAUGAGAGCAUGCCAAAAUUUGCUAAGUCUUACAAAGAUCAAGGGCUGUCCGCAACAGGGAAGAACAGUUUUGAAAAUUUAUGAACUAUCUUAUUUUUAGGUAGGUUUUGAAAGCUUUUUGUCUAAGUGAAUUCUUAUGCCUUGGUCAGAGUAAUAACUGAAGGAGUUGCUUGUCUUGGCUUUCGAGUCUCAGUUUAAAACUACACAUUUUGACAUAGUGUUUAUUAGUAGCCAUCUAAAAAGGCUCUAAUGUAUAUUUAACUAAAAUUACUAGCUUUGGGAAUUAAACUGUUUAACGAAUAA